AUGUCAGACGAACACAUCAAAGAUAGAGCAGCAGAUAUCGUCAAGAAGAAUGACACACUGAGCAAUGAGUUGAAGGGAGUGUUGAUAUCCGCCAUCAGAGGAGACAAUGGUCUCAAUGUAUCAAAGAAUGUCAUAGAUCAGACUGACAUUGGCAACCCACUCCAACCUUUGGCAGAGAAGCUUCAACAAGCCCAAGCUCCCCCUGCUGCAGUACCAGGUGGUGCCCCAGCUCGUAAGUACAAAUGA